AUGGCUGUGUGGGUUAGAAUCCUUGGUCUUCCUUUCAGAUAUUUUAAAGACUUCACUAUAGAUAAAAUUGGUUGUCUGCUUGGCUCCAUGGUUAAAGUUGACAAGGUGACUUUAGCACAGUCUAGAGGCAAAUUUGCUAGACUUUGUGUUGAAAUUGAUCUACAAAAACCACUUAGACCUUUCAUUGAAGUUGAAGGCAAGGCCUAUGGUGUCGUUUAUGAAGGAAUAUCUAUGAUAUGUUUUAACUAUGGCUGUUAUGGACAUGUCAAAGCUUCUUGUCCUUAUGUGAAGAAUGAUGAUGAUCCUACUAGCCUUGACUCUGUACCAAAUGCUACUUUUGACAAUAGAAAGACCACUCAGAUGCCUAAUACCAUGGCCCCUGCAACUUAUAAUGAGUCUACUUUUUCGACCUCCUCUGAAAUGCAAGUAGUUAUGCAAAAGACUGCUCCUACUAAGACCAAAAAUGAUAAUGGACCAUGGAUGCUAAUGUCCUACAAAACUAGGCAAAAGCCUCCUAAUGCUUCUCUGAAUAAUAAGCAAAAUUCUGCUUCUGGGUCUAGAUUUGAGUUGCUUCAGUCCUGUUCUGAUGGUAUUGAUGAAUUCACACAGGUAAAUUCCACUGUUUCGCCUUCUAGCCUGAGCACUCAGUCGCAGACAAUCCUUGCUAAGCCUCCAAAGAUUUGGAAGAAAGUUCAAGAUAAAACUAUGCAAGCCAGUUCUUCUAAGUCUAAUGAUGCUCAUGGAAUUGAUGCCUUCCCUCAUGGUCCUUCAAAGGUAAAACCACUUCAAGACAUCACUAAUGAUACUGUGCAAUCUUCAAGAGUCCAGCUAAAGAAUAGUACAGCCAUAUCGCACCAUCCUAAAUUGCAGGCUCAUAAACUUAAAAAUUCCAUGGUGCAAGCUGGUGCUAAAGUUUAUGUGUUUUCUGAUCUCAAUUCCUUGCUUAGCAACAAUAAAUAUCCUUCUUCGAAUGUUAAUGCUUCUGCUGCAUUUGGUCAUUGCCCACUUGAGCUUGUUCGUACUUCAAUUAAUAUUAUGCAGGUGUACACUUCUACCUCUAGUUCUACAUGCAAUGAUCAAAUAAUUUCUAAAUUUGUUGAUAAAGUUGUGUAA